CCUCCUUUGUGCGAGGCGGCGCGGCACGGCACGGCCGGGGCGAUGCUGUCGGGGGGAAAGAAGGCCGCGGAGGCGGCGGCGGGCGGCGAGAGCGGGCCUGAGGCGCCGGUGCCUCCUCCCGCCGCGGCGGGGGCCCUGGGCUCCUCUGCUGAGGGCGGCGGGGCUGCGGAGCGCACUCCGCGCAAGAAGGAACCACCGCGGGCCUCGCCCCCGGGCGGUCUGUCCGAGCCGCCGGCUGCCGGCGCCGCCUCUGCGCCCAGCGCCGAAACUACUGGCAUCGCCGAGACCCCCGAGGGUCGCAGGACCAGCCGCCGCAAGCGGGCCAAAGUGGAGUAUAGAGAGAUGGAUGAGAGUCUUGCAAACCUGUCAGAAGAUGAGUAUUACUCUGAAGAAGAGAGAAAUGCUAAAGCUGAGAAAGAGAAAAAACUACCACCACCACCUCCACCAGCUCCUGCAGAAGAAGAGAAUGAAAGUGAGCCGGAGGAGCCAUCUGGGCAAGCAGGAGGACUUCAAGACGACAAUUCUGGAGGGUAUGGAGACGGCCAAGCAUCAGGUGUGGAGGGUGCAGCUUUCCAGAGUAGACUUCCACAUGACCGUAUGACAUCUCAAGAAGCUGCCUGCUUCCCUGAUAUAAUCAGUGGGCCACAGCAGACUCAGAAGGUGUUUCUGUACAUCAGGAACCGCACCCUGCAGCUCUGGUUGGAUAACCCAAAGAUUCAGUUGACAUUUGAGGCAACUAUCCAACAAUUAGAAGCACCUUAUAAUAGUGAUACGGUGCUCGUUCACAGAGUACACAGCUAUCUGGAGCGGCAUGGUCUAAUCAACUUUGGUAUUUACAAAAGAGUGAAGCCCCUUCCAACCAAGAAGACUGGAAAGGUGAUCAUUAUUGGUUCUGGAGUCUCUGGGUUGGCAGCAGCUCGCCAGCUGCAGAGUUUUGGAAUGGAUGUCACAGUUCUGGAAGCCAGGGAUCGAGUAGGAGGAAGAGUUGCUACCUUUCGCAAAGGGAACUAUGUUGCUGAUCUAGGAGCAAUGGUGGUAACAGGACUUGGAGGAAAUCCCAUGGCUGUGGUCAGCAAACAAGUGAAUAUGGAAUUGGCUAAGAUCAAACAAAAAUGCCCACUUUAUGAAGCAAAUGGACAAGCUGUUCCAAAAGAGAAAGAUGAAAUGGUGGAGCAAGAAUUUAAUCGUCUGCUGGAAGCCACAUCCUACCUCAGUCACCAGCUGGAUUUUAAUGUUCUCAAUAAUAAGCCUGUCUCCCUAGGUCAGGCUCUAGAGGUUGUCAUACAAUUGCAGGAGAAGCAUGUGAAGGACGAGCAGAUUGAACACUGGAAAAAAAUUGUGAAAACACAGGAGGAAUUGAAAGAUCUUCUUAACAAGAUGGUUAAUUUAAAAGAGAAGAUUAAAGAACUUCAUCAACAGUAUAAGGAAGCAUCAGAAGUGAAGCCACCUCGGGAUAUUACAGCAGAGUUUCUUGUGAAAAGCAAACACAGAGAUCUGACUGCGCUUUGCAAGGAGUAUGAUGAAUUGGCAGAAACACAAGGAAAGCUGGAAGAGAAGUUACAAGAACUUGAAGCCAAUCCACCAAGUGAUGUUUAUCUGUCAUCAAGAGACAGGCAAAUACUUGACUGGCAUUUUGCAAACCUAGAAUUUGCUAAUGCUACACCCCUAUCUACGCUUUCACUGAAGCACUGGGACCAGGAUGAUGACUUUGAAUUCACAGGCAGUCACUUGACUGUGAGGAAUGGAUAUUCCUGUGUGCCUGUAGCCUUGGCAGAAGGGCUGGAUAUUAAAUUAAACACAGCAGUUCGACAGGUUCGCUAUACAGCAUCAGGCUGUGAAGUGAUAGCUGUAAAUACCCGAUCUACUAGCCAGACUUUCAUUUACAAAUGUGAUGCUGUGCUGUGUACUCUUCCCUUGGGAGUAUUGAAACAGCAACCUCCAGCAGUACAGUUUGUGCCGCCUCUUCCUGAGUGGAAAACUUCUGCAGUGCAGCGUAUGGGAUUUGGCAACCUUAACAAGGUUGUGUUGUGUUUUGAUCGUGUCUUCUGGGAUCCAAGUGUCAAUUUGUUUGGUCAUGUUGGUAGCACUACUGCAAGCAGAGGAGAACUUUUCCUGUUUUGGAACCUGUACAAAGCACCAAUUUUGUUGGCCUUGGUAGCAGGAGAAGCAGCAGGGAUCAUGGAAAAUAUCAGUGAUGACGUCAUUGUUGGACGGUGCCUUGCCAUCCUCAAAGGCAUAUUUGGUAGCAGCGCUGUGCCACAGCCUAAAGAGACUGUGGUGUCCCGCUGGCGUGCUGACCCAUGGGCCCGGGGAUCGUACUCCUAUGUAGCAGCUGGAUCUUCUGGAAAUGACUAUGAUUUGAUGGCUCAGCCAAUUACUCCAGGGCCAGCCAUUCCAGGUGCUCCUCAGCCUAUUCCUCGCCUGUUUUUUGCAGGAGAACAUACAAUUCGCAACUACCCUGCAACCGUUCAUGGUGCUUUACUGAGUGGACUGCGAGAAGCCGGUCGCAUUGCAGACCAAUUUCUUGGGGCCAUGUAUACUUUGCCUCGCCAGCCUACACCUGGGGUCCCCCCACAACAAGCUGCCAGCAUGUAAAGAAAAGUAGAAGGUACCAGAAGAGGAGUGACAAGACCACAGUGUUGCUGUUGUGGACUCUUUGGGAUGAAGAUAUUCACGUAGUCUGUAACAGUACCUGCUGAAAAGACUCAGCCAUGAGUUACUGUAUAAUACUUCCGUUAGAAUGGCCUUACAAAAACUUACCUAACCUUUGGCUUGGCAUCCUUUUACAAAAUCUCUUAUAGCUAUUUGAAGUGUCAGUGUACACGGAAUCCUUUACUACCAAGCUGGUCAGGGACUUUUUUGACUCUGCAGAUACUUUUUGAAAGUCAAGCUUAUAGCUGGAGGGUUUUUAGGUUUUUUUUCUACCUAUACAUGUAUUUACAGUUCGGUAAUUGCACAAGGCCCUCUAGAAGCUGGUUGCUACGAAUAGUAGCUUAGUGUAGAAUUUAUGUAAACUUCUUUGGUUUUUGUUUUGUUUUUAUUGUUUUGUUUUAAGGAAUAAUAUUUUUUGACCAAUUCUAUUCUUACCUGGCAUUUGAGAAGUUGGUGCAACUGUUUGCCUACCAGCAAAUCACACCUCUCCAAAAUGGUCCUUUGGCUGCUACGCCAUGUGCAUCCUGUUUUAGAAAGAAAGCUGGUAUUACUAGGAGUGUGCUAAGCAUACUGUUUUAUUAAAUACUUUCAACAAAAGAAAUCAUCAGAAUUGGAUAUUUGUAAGUUAAAAGCUAGAAAAAUUAUUCCUAUUUGUUUAUAUGGAAACAGAGUUGCCUAGACAGUAAGUUAGCUGAAGGACCUAAUCUCUUGACUUCUGCACGCUGCAGGUAGGCACUCUGUGUACCUGUUGAUUUCAUUUCUGCUAGGUUGAUGAGAUGGUGUCGCAGCUGCCAUUGUUAUGCUGAAAAUCACUUUGGUUUGGCUGCUUUUCCAGAUAUUUUUCUUCUUAUUAAUUCAGUGCAUAGAGCCUUCCUUUCAUUGCACAGAGCAGUCUUAUUUACAUUUAGGUCCUUUUUCCCUGUCCUCCAUUCCCUGGUUAGCAUUAGACUUUUCUUAUUUCUUCCAACUUUUCUCAUCCUCCUCUUUCUACAGUUUAUUUCCAUCUCAUCUAACCAUCAUCUCUGUUCACACUGGGGUUUUUUCUACUUUUCAGUUUUUCUGUUCUCACUCUAUCUGACCCCAUGUCUGUACAUGUGCAGUCUGUCCCAGCUUCCUUCUGUCCUUGCACGUUCUGUUCUGCUGGAGGACUGGUACCUCCUCUAGUUCCAUGCUCAUCCCUCUACAAUAACAUGGCCCACACUUCUUCCUGAAGAAAAUACACAGACAAACAUGACUGCAGCCCCUACUUGUUUAUAGCUGUAUUGUCUUUGGCCACAGACUCUCCAUCUUCUAGCAUCAUUGCUUCUCCUGUUUUCUUGUGUCUCCUUCUUAGUAGCUGGAGAUCAUUCUUUCUCCUGACUAUGUCUAUUAUCUUAUGGUUGCUUUCUCAUUAGAUGUUGAAGUCUGGGGGGGGGGGGAUCUCCAUAGGCCGUCCUUCCAACAAGCUGUGAGAAAGGGGAGGACUCUGAUGCGGCAGGGGUAAUAGUCUGUGAGGGGCUACAGACUUGAGGUGUCAAGGGAAUAAGCCUAUUUGAAGUGGCUGAAUUUGGUGCCAUGGGGGACCCUCUAUCCUGAACCUCUGUCUAAAUUAGAGCUGCCUUCCCCGUAUAUCUAACUUGGCAAAUGUUGUUGCUACUUGAGCCAUUUAUUGAAGGGGGUACUCCUCAGCAGCACUACUCAUCCUCGCUUUCCCUUCCAGGGGACAAGACAGACUUUGUGAUGGUUGGUCAGAAAACUGCCACUGAAGUGGGGCAGGAAUUGGAAGUCCAGCAGGACAUGGAAGAGGGGUGUCCAGGGGGUGACUUGAGAGUAAAUAGAGAGUAAUUUGAGACCAAAGACUCCCUACCUUAUGUUCAGGUAAAAGCCUGUCAGCACCACUACCCAGAGAAAUCCUGAUCCACAAUGAGAGGUGUGACAGGCAUUUAAAAUCCACCAACAGCUGAUAUAGCCUCUUGGCUAGUCUGACUGAAGAUGGGAAAGGAACCUGAGAGUUGGGGUGCUAUGUUCUGUAACCAGGCUUCCAGCCUCUAUGGGUCUCCAUAUUUGUGGGGUAGUUUGCUGUUGGGAUUGGUGGUGGUGCUGUCUCUUGCCAUGAGGACUGUCAUCCCACUUGCUCUAGCAAAGUGUCAAAAAGUCAGGAAAGCACUUCUGGCCCACAGGAAAAUAAAAUAGUCCUCAACUUAACAUAGCCAAAUGGUGUAUUUUCCAGUCAAAUAUUAAGCCACUUCUGCAUCAGGCUAUUAAUGUUAUUUUCAGCUGCUUUGUUCUGCUUUAUGUUUGUUCUGACUGAGACUUAGCAGAUUAUUCAGCAGGCUAAUUCUACCAAACAACACGCAGUAGUUUGUCAAAGACUUUCAAAUGUAAACAAACUUCCUUUUGCACAUUGCCAUUGGUUUGACUGAGUGGGGCUAAUCUUUUGCCUGACAACCAGACUGUCCCGCUUUCCCUUUUCAAAAAGACAUCUGAAAACUAUGACCACUGAAGUAAGAAGGUGGAGAUGAAGUCCUGACAGUUCCCACCCUUUUUGAAGGUGUGCAAGGAGUUGGUGGGUGUUAGCUGAUGGUGGUGAUGGGCAUAAGCAAAGGAAUAGGAAUGCCAGGAGGAGAUGAGGACCCCCUGUGACUUGAUGUAGCCCAUUUGUUGCUUUCAGAGUCUUCACUGGAAGAUGAAGACCAUGAUCUGGCCUGCUGCACCCUGCCCUCCAUUAUCUCUGGGGAGUCUGGACCAAUUCCUCAGCCAGUCCCUGCUAACCAAGACCUAGUAGGUAUUAGAGAGUGAACAGCUCAGAGUACUUUCAGCUCUUAGGGGUGUUUGAGGCUCAGCAAAGACACAGAUAAGGCUGUGCAGCUAGUUGCUGGACACCUCAGAGCUGCUGUGCUGCAGCUCCUGCCCUGCAUGGCCCAGUUUCUCAUGGUCAGUGGCAUUGAUUGCAUCCUAAGCAGAGGGGAGCAGUGGUUGGGUGGAGGUCAGAGACUGCUCCCUCUAUUCUGGUUGUAUCCUGUGGAAUUCCUGGCAUGGGGGGUGGAGUGAGCUUGGGGGGAAGCACUAUCACCCCAAGGCCAGCUGGAGACCUGGAAAAAGUGGCCUGAGCACAUAGUGUUAAGUCAACUUAGUGUUGGGGUUCAGCUCUGCCAGGCUACAUGGUGAAACUGCCAUUGUUUGUCCAGGAGCAGGAUGGUCUCGCACUCUUUGCAGCACUACCAGUGUGUGAUACUCCUUGAGCAGGUACUCUCCCAGCAGUUAGCAGCUCUUACCCCGCUGCUUCUGUCAUCCCAGGAGUGCUUUCUGCUGUACCUCAAAUGGUGGCUUCAAGUCCAGACUAUCAAUGUAUGUGUUUAGGAGCAUAUUGCUUUCUGCUCCCUGUGCCAGGGUCUGUUAGAUGGACCUUUGGUCUGACCCAUAAUGGCUGGUUCUAUUUAAGUGCUGUCUGUGCAGUCUUCCUACCCCUGUGACCUGCGGAGGAGGAGAUGGCAUUGUAACUAAAUGGGUCACCAGGCCCUCUUCAUCUCAGCGUCCUCCUUCAUGGUAUAGCCAUUCUUCCCCUUGCUGCUGUUUGCUUGCCCUAACUUCCCUGUAGGGAUUGCCUGAUCUGUUUCAGUGGAUCAUGGAUAACCUUUAUCACAGAUUUGAGGCUGCUGGGCACAGUCACAAAAACUUGUGAUCAAGUCUGGUUGCACCUUCUGUAGCGUACCUUUCCACCUAUUCUCAGGGACUUGCCACUUCUCGCUCUGCUCCAUGGGCAGGUGAAUUGUAUUUCUGACAACAAAACUGAUUGGUGCCCAUUUUGGAAAGAAAUAUGUUCUUCCUUAGUUGGACCUCCCUUUCUGUACUGAAGAUGAAGGGCCACAGUAAUCUGCCAUGGGGUUCUAAAUCCUGAGUGAAUGCACACAUUGCCUAGUCAGAUUGUGAUUUUGGAUGGGAUGAAUCUGCAGGUAGAUUUGCAUUUCUCAGUUCUCCAGAUGCCUGUGUUUUUGACAGGCGCUAGCAUCUACUUUGCAAUAAACUACUGUUAGCUCAGGGUCUUUGUGUACAGUCUUUGUAUGGAAUUCAGAAUAUUUGCUAUGGUCUUGCCUGUAGUGGAAAUUAAUUGCAAAGCAUGGGUUCUCCCUGUUUUGCUAUCUUAGUAAUUGACUGGAUCAUAAACCUAGAGGAACAACUUCACUGGGGUGACUCAGUUUUUUUUAUUAUUAAUCUUUUCAUUUGACUAGGUCUCUUGCUAUAUUUCUAAAAAAGUUCAGCUGAGGGUACUAUGGUCAACAAGGUGCGCUCAGAGUUCAUCUUGCAGUCUUCAAGCCAUGAAGUGGCUCCAUAAAGUGAGGUGACUAAACUUAAUUUAUUUGUAUCCUUCAGAUUCUUUUUAAAGGUGGUGAUAAUUCCAUGAGUUACUUUUCCAAAAAAUGUUUACCAAAAGAGAAUUAGAUGCCAUGGGCUGAUUUGUUUUUGAGUUCGCUGCUUUUACCAAUGAUUUUUUUGCAAUUUCCAAUGUAUCUAAUUUCUGAAGGUGCGAUUUUUUUGUUGUUGUUCAUUUGGAAGCAAUAUUGAAAGAUACAGGAGAUGCUUACACUGACAUUCUUCCCUAAAGCACACAGAUAUUACAGAACUAUUGGCAUGCUUCCAGACCUUAUGCUCUGGGUGAUACCAGCAUCAGCUGGAUAAAUACCAAAAAACCCCACAAGUCACCUUUAGAGAGGUCAGUGGAGAGCGAAAGCAUCCUUUUAAUUACCUGUGCAUAUCAGUCAUGGAAUGUGUCUUAUCCAAAGAACAAAUUGUCUUAAAAUUAGGGUUUUUUUCCAGCUUUGCCAAUUUGUCUGCUAAAAGCUGUUGCUUCUCUAUAGAGUCUGUUGGCUUUUAUUAGCAAAUAAAAUGGAGUCUGUCCAUUACUUCCAGGCACUAAUAGGCAUCAAGUCAACGUGGUGUUUAGAAAUUCCCGGGAAAACAUCAAUCACAGAGGCUGAGAAAUACAAUAAAAUAUCAAGGCAAAUAUUGAUGUUAGGAAUGCAGCCCAGGCUUCACCAUCCUGCACUUCUGUGUGCACAGCAUCAUCACAUUCUUAACAUACACACAUAGAUAACGGGGCAGAGUAGCUGACCAAAUUCACUAUCGUGCAUGGUGAUGUGGUACUGGGAGCCUUAAAGUCAUAUGAAAGGGUGACCAUGCUUCAAAGAAACAAAGCAGACACAUAUUUUUACUGUAGCUGUAGGUUCAACCUUUCUGUGUCUUGCCCAAUGAAUCUGUAAGAAAGGCUGACAUCUAGACUGGCCUUUCUUCAAUUAUAUUAAUGGGCCUGUUUAUACUUGGAAUAAUUUUUGUAGUUUCUUAUGCAAAUACUGUCUAGUGUAGUACAUACUUCAUAAAAUAACAAGCAAAAAAAUAGCAGCAGGGUGACUUGUUCACAAGCAUCCAGAAGUGCUAUUGAGCUGAAGAAAUCACUUGCCAUGUUCGUGCUAUAUCAAAAUAUUAGAGGUGGACUCAGCUGUACCAGUAAGUGCAAACUUCAGACCGCUGCCAAAUAAAAGAUGUGCAAAGACAUUUCAUGGAA